AUGCCGCACCUCGUCCGCGAGCGGCUCUACUUCGGCGACAUCAAAGACGCCAUCGCCGAGCUCACGGAGUCGUCCCCCACGCCGGACUUCACCCACGUCCUCUCCGUGGUCAGCUCCGCCUCCAUCUCCUUCAUCACCGACUGCCGCCCGGGCCUCGCGAUCCCCACCGAGGAGGUUCGCCGCGUCGUCGCCGGCGAGGAGGGCCCGCCACCGGCCGCCGCGGUGCCCCCCGGGACGCUGAUGCGGGUGGUGGAGCGCGCCGGGCCCGGGCUGCGGGUCACGCGCAUGGCCGUGCCGCUGCGGGACACCGAGGAGGAGGACCUGCUCGACCGCCUCGACCCCUGCCUUGAUUUCAUCGAUGAGGGCAGGAAGGUCGGGAAUGUCCUCGUCCAUUGCUUUGCUGGAGUGUCGAGGAGCGCUUCCAUCAUUGUUGCUUAUCUUAUGAGAUCAGAACAGAAAUCUCUUGAAGAUGCAUUAGAAGCUUUGAAGGAGAUUUCUGAGUCGGCGUGCCCGAAUGAUGGUUUUCUUGACCAGCUGAAAUUGUUUGAAGAAAUGGGCUUCAAAGUUGAUACUUCAAGUCCUUUGUACAAGAGAUUCCGCUUAAAAUUAUUAGGUCAAUCCUACAAAUUUGGGGAGAAAAUAGGCAGCUAUAUGUUUGAAGAUGACCCUGGCCUUGCUCCGCAGUCUGGCUCUUGUCAAGAUUCUUCAAAGGUUGAGCAACGUAAAACAGCUUACCGCUGCAGGAAAUGCAGGAGAGUUAUUGCUGUAGAGGACAAUGUUGUAAGUCAUGUUCCUGGUGAGGGUGAAUCUUGCUUUGAUUGGAACCGAAGGAAGAGUGGUCAUCCAUACAACAACAAAGAACAAGAUUGCUCAUCUUUGUUUGUCGAACCUCUGAAAUGGAUGACUCCAGUAGAAGACGGUGCUUUGGAAGGAAAGCUAUCAUGCAUCCACUGCGGAGCUCGGUUGGGAUACUUCAACUGGGCAGGAAUACAGUGCAACUGUGGCAGCUGGGUUACUCCUGCCUUCCAAAUUGUCAAGAGCAAAGUUGAUAUCAGCACCAUCUAG